AUGAGGACUGUUCCUACUCAUUCGCAGUGCGAUUAUUCACAAGAGAGUAACAUCUCGCGCUUGGAGUUCAUAACUCUGGAGGAGUUUCAACAUACUAGCAAUCAGUCUGAAUUGAAGUCAACCAUCUAUCCCCCCAACCCUUCGUACGAUAUCUCCGAGAAGCCAUGGCUGCCCGACCCUCAAACUCCCUACCUUCUCACCAACGCCAAUCUUGUUGAUCCAAGAGCUGGGGUUGUGCAUAAGGGCAUCAGCCUAUACUUGGCCGGUGGCAAGAUUAUCAGAGUGGCUCCCACCACUGCCCACGACUUGACCGCCGAGUUUCUUUGUGCCGGACAGAAAGCGCAGAAGAUCGAUGCCAGCAAAUAUUUUGUCUGUCCGGGACUCAUCGACUGUCAUCUGCAUCUCAUGGCCGUGCAUGGCAGCUCGACAUUGCAUGGAGCUUUCACCUUUCCACACGAAACAGCCAUUUUCAGAUUCGCAGGCACCCUUCGGGGCAUCUUAUCCAACGGCUUCACAUCGGUCCGUGACACUGGUGGCGCAACCAUUGCUCACGCGCAGGCCACUGAAGAGUUCCUUAUACCCGAGCCCCGCGUCUUUCAAGGUGGACGGAUGCUCUCACAGACAGGAGGACAUGGAGACGACACAGAAGUAUGUAACGACUCGCACUGCUGCCGGAGCAAUGGUAUCGCCAAAUCUGCUCUUGGAAGACUCUGUGAUGGCGUGCCCGAGUGUCUACAGGCUGCGCGCGACAACAUGCGUAAAGGCGCCCAACAACUCAGAGUGUGUACAUCAGGCGGCAUUGCCUCCGCCACGGACAAGCUUGAGUCCUUGCAGUUCACGGUAGAGGAACCUCAGGCUAUCACGACUGUCAACAAGAACAUGGGCGGUACACUAGUGACGGCUCAUUGUUACACUGCCGAGGGUGUCCGCCGUGCCAUAGCGGGUGGUUUCCGCGGCAUUGAGCAUGGCAACAUGAUCGAUCCUGAGACUGCACAACUCAUGGUUGAGAAGGGGGUCUUCUUGACGCCAACGCUAGCUCUUCACACAUUUGUCACCAUGCCGCCGUAUGACAAGUUUGAGACGCCGGAAGGGUUGCGCAAGAAUGCGAUCGUGGGAGACGCGGGGAUACGGGGCAUCCGCUACGCCGAGGAUGCAGGUGUGACUGUGUGUUUCGGAACCGACACGACGGGUCCUACCUUGGUGAUGCAGACGUACGAAUUCGUCGUGCGGUCUCAGAUAUUACCAAGCCCUGUAGUCCUGCGGCAGGCGACUAUCAACGGUGCCAAGCAACUGGGUAUGGAGGGCAAGCUAGGCGAGCUUGUUGAGGGUUCCUUCGCCGAUCUUCUGUUCCUGAAUGAGAACCCUUUGGAGGAUGUCUCUAGUUUGGACAGGAUCAACAAGAACUUGAUGCUGGUGAUGAAGGAUGGUCGCAUCGUCAAGACUCAGACUAGCCAUUUGCGUCCGGAGCGGAACUGCGAGUGGAACUGA